AUGUCAAAAAACUUGCUGCCAUCGAAAUGGUCAAGUGUACGUUUGUUUCCCGCACAAUUAUCAAUGACCCAUAAGGUGGUUCUUAUGUCUGUAACGGCUGGCGUAACUUUACUGGGUAUCCUGUCACGAUAUUUACGGAGACGAAAAUCGCAACGACCCUAUUACCGUUCCCCCAAGUGCUCGGGCAGACGUAUACGUAAGAAAAUGCCCAACAAAAAUGAUUUGCUAUCUAUAGCUGAUUCAAAAGCUUCAGCACGUUCCGGUAGCCCGGUGGAGUCUAAUGUAACAUGCUCACAAUCGGAUCGCCUGUCUGUAACCAGUGCUCUCACUGGGGUAGGUGUUUUAAGCUCAGCCAAUCAACGGCAGAACGGAACAAAUACUGCGCAGUUAACGUCUCAACAGCUCGGUGUCAUGGGUAUGGAAGCUCUAGAUACAGUUAUAAAUUUUUGGGAAGAUGCAUUGGCAGCCCAUUACUCAAUGUUUACGGGCACCAAGGAAUCGGAAUUCUGCCGUGAGCUGCGCAAUCUUUUAGAUACUACGUAUAGAUUGCAAGAGCAGAGUGAACUAUUAUUUCUUGAUCAGCGUUCAGCCUUUUUUCGUGAAGAAUCAAAUGAUGAAGAAAUCGUUGAGGAAAGCAGUGCCACAAUCACAGAAAAUAUACAAGAAGAAGAGAAAUUAUCGCAGGCUCGCACGCUCGGAAUGACGCGCUCAGUCUCAGAUUCAAAUUUCGAUUCAGCUGAUAGUUUUGCAUCCGCUUCAGAUUUCGUUGCCGAUUUGGCAGAACUGAAGGGCUUCUCCGAAUCCGAAUAUGAUGAUUAUCCUUUUUAUCAGGCAGCUAUGAUCACGCAUGAGGAAUCGCCUAUAUACUGUCGCGCCUUUCACACGGAAUUAUUACAUUGCGCGAACGAUAACGAAUAUUUAACUAAAUUACAUUGCGUUCGUUUGGCAUUUCAAUAUUUAUUUAAAGAUCCCGCGAUUACUCAAUGGAUUAUCGAGACGGGCCGUCAAAUUCUUACGGAUCUCUUGUGUCUGGGCAAUAAAGAUAUCAAAGAGUUUUUAAUAGGUUACGAAGAUAUAAUCAACUACGUACAAGAUCCUAAUAAUUGGGACGAUAUGCAAAAAGAACUUGAACAGUAUAACGUUAAAGAAAUGACAUUUUACGAUAUAUGCUUAGAUUUUCUUAUAUGUGAUUCGUUUUGCGAUCUUGGUGCACCGCCUGCCAGUGUUAAGGCGGUUGUGCAAAAUCGUUUCCUAUCGAAAGGCUUUAAAGAGACUGCCUUAACCAAGGCUGUUUGCUCAGUUUUAAAGAAUAAAAAGCGCACACUUAAGUAUACCGACGGUUUCAUGUCGCAUUUUUAUGUUAUAUCCGAACAAUUAUACCCGCUCUUCGCAUGGGGUUUCUUUGGCCCCGAUGAUAAUCUUAGGAAUAUUUGCAAUUAUUUUAAAGAUCAAUUAUUGGGUUUUCAGGCGGACAUUUUCGACUUUCAAAAAAGUGAUUACGCCACUCUUGAAAAUCUAUCGCAAGACAUUUUAGAGCAUAUGAAAAAUAGAGUUAACAAUAUUAGUGUUAAAUUUACUCAAUAG